CAUGCCUCAUCUCUUCCAAAUGAGUUAGUUUGUCUGGUUAGAGGUUUAUUAAUUUGUUUUUUUCAACAAAAAAUUGGGGAUGGAUGAAAUGGGUGAAGCUGGUCAGAAGGUAUAAACUUCCAGUUACAGGAACCGGCAAGAUGGCGGCAGCGGAACAGAAGAAGCAGCGGACCUUCCGUAAGGUCACCUACCGCAGCAUAGACCUCGACCAGCUGCUGGACAUGUCCUAUGAGCAACUGAAGCAGCUAUACAGUGCGCGCCGGCGACAGCGGCUGAACCGCGGCCUGCGGAGGAAGCGGCACUCGCUGCUGAAGCGGCUGCGCAAGGCCGAGAAAGAUGCACCGCCCAUGGAGAAGCCCGAGGUGGUGAACAUGCCCCUGUGCGACAUGAUCAUUCUGCCUGAAAUGGUGGGCAGCAUGGUGGGCCUCUACAACGGCAAGACCUUCAACCAGGUGGAAAUCAAGCCUGAGAUGAUCGGCCACUACCUAGGCGAGUUCUCCAUCAACUAUAAGCCAGUGAAACACCGCCGGCCCAGUAUAGGGGCUACCCAUUCCUCACGCUUCAUCCCCCUCAAGUAACCUGCUGACCAAUAAAAGCAGAGAUUUCUCUAAA